UAAAAGUCUUUCCGGGUGCCGCUUUUCUGCUUCUGACGGUCUAGCGGCCUGCCCCUCCCCUGUUCCCAGCAGGACAGGCAUGAAUGUCCCUGGGCCACCGCCCCUGGACGGGGUCCUGGCAGGAACCCCUGACGGCCUCGGGGUCGGGGAGACUACUCCGGGUUUAAAUGACAUCUCUCCAGAUGAAGGGUUAAUAGACGACUUUAGUGCAGAAGACAAAGCUGUGGAGCAACUGGCAGAAGGAUUACUUUCUCAUUAUUUGCCAGAUCUGCAGAGAUCAAAACAAGCCCUCCAGGAACUUACACAAAACCAAGUUGUAUUAUUAGAUACACUGGAACAAGAGAUUUCAAAAUUUAAAGAAUGUCAUUCUAUGUUGGAUAUUAAUGCUUUGUUCACUGAAGCUAAACACUAUCAUACCAAGUUGGUGAAUAUAAGAAAAGAGAUGCUGAUGCUUCAUGAAAAGACAUCAAAGUUAAAAAAAAGAGCACUUAAACUGCAGCAGAAGAGGCAGAAGGAAGAGUUGGAAAGGGAGCAGCAACGAGAAAAGGAAAUUGAAAGAGAAAAGCAGUUAACUGCCAAACCAGCUAAAAGGACAUGAAAGGUUGACUGUGUCUGUGUUUGUGUUUUCUUUCCCAACCCCAAAUUUUUUGGAUUUAAGAUGACCUAAGUGUAGAAUGAUGUUAAGGUAGUGCCUUAUACCAUUGUGUUAGGUUUUAAAAUCCAUUUCUCAGCAUUGCUGGGUCUCUAUAUCUUCAUUUCAGCCAUUCAACAAGACUUCUGUCUAUGUAGCAGACAUAAUGUUACUUGGUUUUUAUAUUUAUAUAUAUAUUUUUUUCAACUUUUGUUUUACUUAAUUCUAAAUUUCAUUAUUUUGGCCUUGAAUCAUUUAUAAACUGGAAAAUGGUUUGAUUGUUGUAACAAUCUGCUCUACAUGGUUAAAAAUUAGUAUAAAAUUUUUGGCUUCUUAACAGGUGUAAAUUUAAAAGUUCCAGUUUCGCAUUUUAGGAGUUGACUUGCCUUUCUGGUAAUACAACAUUGGUUUUUGGUAAUUGCCUUUCCAUGUCUUAGUUAAGAAGAAAUGCCAACGUUUAAACACAUGUGCCACUGGAAUAGAGGUGGUAUAGGCCUUUGUGAAGAACGUGAAGGAAAAGUGGGCGCACGUGAAAUAACAGCAUCUUAGAGGUAGGGUAAGUGAGCAAGAUGCCAAAUAGCUUCCACUAACCUUAUGCUCUGUCUGCUUCCUGGAGUCUGAAACCACAGUUCACCUUCUUGUUGUUACUUAGUUCUUACAUAGCUUCUGGGUUCAAAGUAGAUUACAUCUAUCC